CUUGCGCAAUUUCAUCUUCUAAAGUUCAAGGGUGAAAAGAGGCUCACCUUUGCUUUGCUUUGCAGCAAACGACACUCAAUCAUUGCAGAGAACAGCUGGACCGCAGACAGGAGUGCUUGUCACCACAAGUGGAAAGUAGCGUUAUCGUCGUUAGCGCACGUUAAAGAUGGGCGAGUGGGGCUUUUUGGCAUCCCUGCUGGACAAAGUGCAGUCGCACUCCACCGUCAUCGGGAAGGUGUGGCUUAGCGUCCUCUUCGUCUUCCGAAUCAUGAUCCUCGGCGCCGGCGCAGAGAAGGUGUGGGGCGACGAGCAGUCCAAGAUGAUCUGCAACACCAAGCAGCCCGGCUGCAAGAACGUGUGCUACGACCACGCCUUCCCCAUCUCCCACAUCCGCUUCUGGGUCCUGCAGAUCAUCUUCGUGUCCACGCCCACGCUCAUCUACCUGGGCCACGUCAUGCACGUCAUCCACAAGGAGAACAAGCUGAGGGAGGCCAUGAGGACCCCAACCGGCGGCGUGGUCAAGUCCCCCAAGUACUCGGACGAGAAGGGCCAGGUGAAGAUCAAAGGCGACCUGCUGGGGAACUACAUGACGUCCAUCUUCUUCCGCAUCUUGCUGGAGAUGGCCUUCAUCGUGGGCCAGUACUACCUGUACGGCUUCAUUAUGGACCCCAGGAUCGAGUGCUCGCGGAAACCGUGCCCCUUCACAGUUGAGUGCUACAUGUCGCGGCCCACCGAGAAGACCAUCUUCAUCAUCUUCAUGCUGGUCAUGUCCUGCGUCUCCGUGCUGCUCAACGUGGUGGAGAUUUUCUACCUGGCGUGUUCUCGCAGCGCCAGGCGGAAGGCCAAAGUGGGCGCCCUCGCUCUGCGCUCCCCCAUGAACGGCGACCGUUACACUAAAGCCUGAAGAAGAGACGAAAACGUUCAAGAACUUUGACUUUUUUUUAUGAGAAAACUGGAUAUAAAGCACUAAUGUUGGCUUGUUUAAUACGUUUUAUGGAGAUGAUGCUGUCAUUUAAUGCUAAACCUCCACUCGUUAUUUGUAUUAAACAACAUAAAGAAAUAUGAGCCACCUUUUUCAAUGACACAUAUUUUAAUCUGUUAUUUAUUGCAUCCUAAAAGAAUAUUUAUCAUAGGAGAAAAAUAAAUUGCACUAUUAAGAAAUAUUUCUAAAAAUCUUGUACAAUUACAAAAAAUGUUUGUAUUACUGGAAAUGUUAAUAAAUCAAUGUCAUUUUAUAACAACCAUAUUUUUUCAGAAAAAAAUACCAUCUCGCUUCUCUCUCAGGCUAUUAAUUAUAAUCACCACUUUGCAAAAAUCUAAGUAUGUAGGAAGCAGACUCAAAAUAAUAAACAAAGGAGAGAGAUAAGUCUUGCUCACACACACACAAGCGAACGCACAAGCACCCAAUCCUGAUGGAUCAUGAAAUCAAUGUGAUCGCUCCUUCCAGUUAUUAAUAAUACCUACCACCUUACAUUCAUCCAUCCAGUUUCUUGUCCCUCUAGGGGGCUGGGCCGAUAAACAGACAGCUUGUCUGAUAAAAAUAAGCAGCCUGAGCAAACAGACUCAAAAAAUACACAAAGUGAAAAAUUGUGAUUGGCAUGCUUGUGCACAAGCACACUCACGAGUGCCCAUUCCGGAUGUGUCAUAAAAUCAAUGUGAUUACUUCUCCCGCCAGUUAAUGAUAAUCACAUCCUUCUCUGAUAUAAAUAAGCAGAAAAGCUCAACAUAUUGAACCAAAAAAACGAAACUUUAGUUUGUUCGCUCAUGCACAAGUACAGUCACGAGCACCAGAAUGUACCAUACAAUAAAUAUAAUUGCUCCUCCCACCAGUUGUUAUUGAUAACCACCACAUUGUCUAACACAAAUAGGCAUAUAACAGACUCAAAACAACACAAAAAGACCAGAGGCCAGGCUUGCUCAUGCACGAGCAACUGACCUGGAAGUAUCCCAAAAUGUGUAAUUUGUCGCGGCGCGGGGCUGCGGUAGUUGUUACCCCAACUACAACCUGUCGGGAGUAAAUCCUGACAAUGUGAUCGCUCCUCCCGCAAGUUAUUAAUGAUUACCAACACCUUGCCCAAUUAAGUUAAUCAGAAAACAGGCUCAAAAUAAUGCUCAAUAUGGUUGGCUCGCUCACACACAAGAACUUGCACGAGGGCCCAUCCUGGAUCUAUCAUCAAUGCGAUCGCUCCUCCCCCCAGUUGUUAAAGAUUUCAGCCACAUUGUGCAAUAUAAAUGUACACAAAUAUACACAAGAUUUAGAAUUUUUAGGAGAAAUUUUGUAAAAUAUACUAAUUGUUCUACAGAAGUUAAAAUAUCACCAAAUAGAGUCGUAAUAUUAUAAUAUUCCAUCCAUCCAUCCAUCCAUUUUCUACCGCUUAUUCCCUUUUUGGGGAGGCGGGGGGGUGCUGGCGCCUAUCUCAGCUACAAUCAGGCGGAAGGUGGGGUACACCCUGCACAAGUCACCAUCUUAUCGCAGGGCCAACACAGACAGACAGACAUCAUUCACACUCACAUUCACACACUAGAUUUAAAUAAAGAAUAAUAUUUUGUAAAAAUAGUUUCUAUGUUUGUGUUUUCUGGCUUUUGUUCAUAACCUCAAAAUAAUUUCUGUUCAGUGUAAAAAAAAAAAAAAAAAAACAUAUUUGUUGGUGUUUAUCCUCAUCACUUUUUGUAUUGAUCCUUAGAGGAGCCAUAUGUAAUAAUUUCAUGUCAAGUCAUCAUUAAAUGGCCCUGAUAUGAUAAAAAGGCAUUAAUAAAUAAUUUUAUUUUCGAAUACCUCUCUAACUGAUAACAGUAGUUCAGCCGUGACAUGUUCAAUUCAUAAUUUGAUUUACAGCCCCAAAAUCUUGUUAUUGUUUUAAUGUCGAUGUCCCGCCCUCUAUGGUUUGAACGAUUAUAAAAUCAGUGAGUGUGUCACAUCCGGGUUGCUAGUCAUGCACCGCCCUCUUUGUCUGGCAAUUGCCACUGGUAAAGUUAUUAAACAUGUCAGACCUUAGUAAAUCUAAAAGUUGUCGUUACGAUUCUCAAUUUAUUCAUGACAAAGCCAGGAACAAAACGAGGAUUUGUAUCGAGGAUGCCUUUGAAAGAUGGAAACGAGUGAAGGCGGAGAAUAUUUUUUCAUCUGAUGCCAAACUUGCUAAUUUCCUCCUUGAUAUGUAAGUAAAGAAUUUACAUUUUCUUGUUACUUGUAAUAAAUGGAAACUGACAUUUUGUAUGCAAACUAUAUUGUCCAAUAUAGUUUAUGAUUUUGUCUAACAAAACUAGUAUGUUCGUGCAACGAAUGCUUAGCAUGCUAGCCCGGUCAAUGGGAGCAUACAUACGGCGGAAAUAAAUGCCCCUUAGCCUGUAUGUCGAUGUGUAAUUGUAUUGACAGGGCAAAAUAUAUUUUCGACAAAUAAAACCUAUGUGGAUAUG